UUGUUGGUGAGUCCGGAGAGGUUAUACUGCUCUGUAGAAGUUCAUAAAUUUUUAAAAUGGGGAAAGUUAGGAAAACCAAAACAGCUAGGACCAAGAAGCAUGUCGCAACUGAGAAUUCAAAUGAUGACGAAACAACAGUUGAUUCUAAAGAAAAUGUUAUCCAUACUGUGAUGGAUCAAUUACAGGCAUCAAAUGUUGAAGAAAAGUAUUGUGGCUUACAAACUUUUGCAAUGUUGAUUGAGUCAGUGGAAAACAUAAAUCAUAUUAUUGAUCGAGGUAUUGUCAAGAUUGCCGCUCCAUUACUACUAGACCCAGUUAGUUCUAUUAGAAACGCUGCUGCUGGUUCUUUGAGGAACAUGUCUACUCUGAAAAUGGAAGUCUGUGACUCAAUGAUGGAACAAGAUGUUAUGACACCACUCAUAUGCUAUUUUCAUGAACAUGCCGAGACAUGGACUCCUGAAUCUAGUUCAAAAACUAAAGAUGAAGAUGUGGACACAUUUAUACAAUGCACCAACUUGUUGCUUAAUUUAUGUGAAAGUUCAGAUUUAGCUGUCAAAUAUCUUGGCCAGUCAAGAAUAUUCAAUAUAUUUCCUAGAUAUUUAGACUUGUCCACAUUUGGUCCUGAUAUAGUUACAGCUGUUUUACAAUGCCUGUUUGUAGCUUUAGAAGACAACCCACAUGCUAUGCAGAAGAUCAAAAGCAAUUCUGAAAAACAGCUAGAGCUACUCUUGUUUUUAGAAGGAGCUGAUCCUUCAGUGAUAUUCAUCAAAACUUUGGCAGCAGGAGUAAUUAUUAAUAUUUCUGGUGGUAUAAUUUCAUCACUACCUCUGAAUGUCAUGAAUGAGAUUAUUUCAAUACUAGCUAACACUUUAUCUGUGGACCACAGAUUAGCCUGCAAUCAGGUGUCCAGCAGUGUGCCGUUAAGCAAUGAAUCAGGCAAAGUUACUUCACCUAAAGGAAAAGAGGCCCAGGUUUUAGAAAGUCAACUGAAAUCUGUAGGACAUGUACUAGAUGCCCAACAGAGUGCUAUUGAGAUCAUUGCUAACAUUUGCUUGUGUGAAGAUGGUGAUGAUUCCAUAAAUGGGGCUGAUUCAUCAGGUGAAGAUGAAAUGGAAGGUGAUGAUUGUCAAAAUGGUGAUGAAACUGUUUUAGCAGAAGAUAAACUUCCACCAGAAUUGUUAGAAGCUUUAGUUUCCUUAAAUAUGUUUGAGAAAGUUUGGGCCAGGACUCAGUUACCAGCACAAAAUGUUAUGUUAAUACUCAAGGAGUAUGAAGGUUCUUCACUGAUUUUUAAGAAGUUACACACAUUACAAACACGCGCACUUCUUUGUGUAAACAAUAUGCUGUCUAAUUUGCCUUUAGAAAACUUGGGUGGUGUAAAUGGAGUUUAUAAAAUCUGGGUGGAGGCUGGAAAACUGGUGUUCCAACAAACUUCCGAUAACCAAAAUUUACUAGAGUCUGCCACUGCUGUGAUGAGAGCAGCCCUAGACAAAAUCAAGAUGACUGAGGGUGGAAAUUUGAUUGACUGUAACUUAUUUAGUGAUAUGGCACUUUCUGAUAUUGAGAAAAUGUUGACGGGAAUAACAGAAUGUAAAUUACCAGAGAUAAGAUCUAACCUCAUCAGAAUGAUUGGCAUAUUGGCCCUGCUUCUGAUGAACAAUCUGACAGAAGUGUCCUCCAAUGUCAUCUGUACUAUAACUGAAUUCAUAUUGGAUCAAGCACAAAAAGAGAGUGAGGUUUGGGUAUUAGCCGAAGCGAUAGAUACUUUAAUAGACUUGUAUUCAGAGGACGAAAGUGACCAAUUAGCUGCUAAAGUCAAACUGGUAGAAAAAUUAAAUUUGUUAACACCUAAUUUGAGGAAUAAGGCAAGACAACAGAAAAGGCUUCCUAAGGAAUAUAAAGUGCUUGUGAAUACAGUUGUGUCAAAUCUGCCGAGAUUCAUUAAGUACAAGAAGGAGCGAAUUAGUAAAUUAGUUGAGGUCUCACGCUCGUCACUCGGAUGUCUGCUGUAGGCGCAAUACUGACAAAAGUAAUGGAAGUUUAGUGCACUUGAUUCCACUUGAGCGACCGCAAUUGUUCCGUGACGGACAUCGGCGGCCAACGAACGCCUACUGCCUCUGGCCAAUACUAUUAUUUGCUUGAAAUUUUUGAAAUCUCAAGUUUUUGCACCAUAUAUUUUUAAUGUUCAUUAAACAGUUAAUGAACAUUCAUACUAUUUAUAUGAUUUAUAUAAAAAUAGGUAUCUACUUAUGUAAGAUGCUUUUAUGUAAGUAGAUAAUUUCAUUUCUUACAUUAAUUACAAAGAUAUCCCAACUUUAUUACUCUAGAUACAAAUAUAGGUACCUAAGUCAA